UCAUGGCACUCGCGGUAGCGUGGUGUCUGCGCCCGGAUGGUGGGACCCGGGGUCAGCGAGGGGAGACUGAUGUUGUGCCUGCUCACCGCGCGUCUUACACAGGUGUACCCGCUUGUCAGGGUUCACCUGGAUGUGCGCGGGACACCUGUGCAUUUCCCCACUCUCAAUUCAGGGGCGGGGCCGGCGGCCUCGGGGAUUCUGCCUUGGGGCCUGUCGCCGGGGACCCUCCGCGGGAGCUGCUGUCGCGGAGGGUGACCGCCGCAGGAAUCCAUGUCGUAGACACCUGCGCCGGGAUUGGCGAGACAGCAGUCCUGGGCCAUACACCAGGCCCGCUGACACGUACACUGGAUGCGGGGCCCGGGGUGUGCAUUGCCGCUCGGCGCUCCGGUGACGCCUUUGGCACCCGGAUUCCUGCCUGCCCAGCGGUGGCUGACCACCCACCACACCCCAGUGUCGCUGCCAACUCUGCCAGUGAAUGGGACGUUCUGGGUGCUCCUUCCAGAUCUGGGACUACACACAGCCCACCCAGUGCUCUCCAGUUUCAAGGAAGAGACAUGAUCCCUGUUACAAAACAGCUAGAGAACUCCAAAGGAGCUGAGAUGAAAAUUAGGUUGUCUUGUGAAGAUAAACAUGGCUGUCUCUACUAGCAGGUCUGACUCAGGUUCUACAAAUCCUGAACCAGACCUGCGCAGAAGGAAGCUGCUUACCCGGGGCCGGCCUCAUUGUCCUCUGUUUCUUCUGUAACGUCCUCCUCUUCAGAACUGCUGUCUUGGACUCGAGGGGCUCCCUGCCAGAAGACCGUCCCCGUUCUCACCGUCUCAACCCUGUAGGUGUCUGGAUCGUCACGGGAAUGAAAGGGGACAGGACUGUUCCUGAACACACUCAUGUGACCGCUUUGACCACACACAUAGCUCUAAGGAUCCAGUAUCUUAGUCACUAAUUUAAAAUCAGUAGUAUCUUUUUGGAUUUUCAAUAUUAAUCGAGACAAAGUGCCAUAUUUUUGGCACUACCAAGGUGCUCUGAUAAGAAAUAUAGUAAUACUAUGAAAAGAUACAGAAACUAAAGGUUUAUAAACACGUAACAUAAAAGAACAGAAGGGUGGCACCUGUAGUAGCAAGAGAAGCUCAAAACAGAACGUGUUGUAGUGAAACCAGGUUUCCCCAUUUAUUCAUCAGUGAGGAAAGGAACACAUGUUUCUUCACGGCUUCAGUUCCCAGUCUUUCUGGAACUGCCGAACAAGCUACUGCUCUACGAUGUGGACAGUGUCCCUGAUUCCUGAGCACGGAAAUCACGCCUGAGGCAUCUCAGCACUCAUUUCAAGGCUCCUUUCUCAGGCCUGGCUCUCAGAGGAGUUACAGUCCGCAUCCACAUCCCACUGGCUCUGCUCCGCAGUUUAGGACUGACCUCGAUACUCAGAUGGACAACAUGUGCAGGAGAAUGACGUAAACCGCACAUGAAGUACUUAUUGUGUCUUACUUAGAACAAAUUUUGAAAAACUGGGUAACUGCCUUCCUGUCGGAGGACCAGAGAACUGACACGGAGUGCUUAUGUGCUACCUGCACGGACGCUUCUUUAAGCACGCUGUAGGUAGGUGUGCGGCAUUCUUCUACGUCGGCUCAGCCGGCUGCUCAGUGAGCUUCCAGAAUGGCCGCAUUUCCAUCCUGAACACUCGGGGAGAGCAGCCUGACUAACAGCUAGCGUUAACUUCCGGCUCCCCCUGAACCUCCUGAAACGGAACGCAGAACUGUAUGUGUUGGAGCUUGUGAUUUUCUCCAGGCUCUGGCACACUUCCUAGGAUUAAGUUGGAAGCAACCGGCAUGUCAAUGACGUUCAUCUGUAUAAAGCCAAGGCCGCCUAUUUCCACCUUUCCCCACCAGAAAGCACCAGCUUUCCACGGGUCUUGGCUUUUCCAACUGCAUGUAAAAUACAAAGCUAAUUAAAUAAAUGACUCCCUAUUCUUCUUAACGAUUGUUUCCACCCAGGAGAAGGAACGCUGCACAGAACACGCUCACCCCUUCAAGUGGCAGCUAGAAGUGUGCUCCCUUAAGUGCAACAACACUUUUCCGCUCUGCGAACACACCUCCAGGCAUGUGGUUUUUGGCCAUAUAAUACCGACUCCUAUUGUUUACUGAGGUGAAAGAGAAUAAUGAUUUUUUCAACUAAUGUUACAUUAUCACACUUAAUGUAGACUCAAUCUACUGUAUUCAAGCUGCUUGAAGUGAAAAAGUUGUAACACUUUAGUAAGUACCUUCCUUUACAUCUUUAGCGUCCGAAUCAAAAAAAGAGAAUGUGAACCCGCCAGGCUGUUCGGCCCCAUUUGUCAGAGUGGUGGGCUUCUGGACUUUGACCUUCUCGCCAUGAUGAUUCUCACUAGAGGGUGUCUCGUCUGCUGUUUCACUGGUAACUUUCGUAGUUUGAAAUAUUUCUUUUAAGUCCGCGGCAACGUUAUAAUACAUUUCUUUAGAAACCUCAGGCAGCUUCUCGGCUUCCUCCCUUUUCUUCCUCCGUUUUGCUUUACUGCAGGGACACAUACAGACAUGCCCAUUACAAAGAGACCACCAGCUGCCAGAAAUUCGAAGAACACCUUGGAAAACUAAUCCAGUCUUUCAACAACCAAGAGGAUCCGCAUAUGAAACUCUAUUCAUAAAGGCAGAAUCUUGACCAGUAAGCUUUUACUACACAAAACUAUGUCAAACAGCUCCAAACAUUAUACAAGAAUCAAAUCUCCCUCCUAUCCUCUGAAUUACAUUCCAUAAAUCACACCUAAGAUAUUAGUUUUCAGAAAAUCACUUAACCACAAAAGGACUGUUUCCUCACCUGCAAAAUGAACAUGCUAAACCAGGUAACUUUCAAGAUCUCUACAAGUUCAAAAGUUCUGUGAAUUUUGAGGCUCCUCAGUGGCUCAGUCGGAGGAGCAACUGACCCGAUUUUGGUUCAGGUCAUGAUCUCACAGUU